AUGUCAGACUAUUCGGUAUCCGAUAAUGAAGUUUUGGAUAAAGACGAGACCGAUACGAGGCAAUCAAGAAGCACUUCCGAGUCCCUUAGACUGGGCUCUUCGAGUUCAAAGAACAGUAAUUCUUCCUAUACCGUUCUGGACUAUUACGAGCUCACUCUCCCUCUUAUAAAUGGCAGAUGCCUCCAGUCCCUGAAUGUCCAUUCCUUCCUUCGAACAUUGCUUGACUUCCUGCUCCUACAUUCCUUUCAACUUAAAGCCCUCCAAAAGCGUGAAAUCAAACUCGCGGACUUGUCGCUCCACGAAUUCAAAGGUGGCUUGCAGGGUCUUUUGAUCAAAUCUGUCCUCCCGAAAACCACCCAAAUCCAAUACACAGCCCGCCUUCGACACAAACUUGUCGAACUAUGUCCUAUAUUUAUCCUUGCCAUGUACAUGUUUGCACGAUUCCACAUUCCUGACACCUACGGUGAAUACGACCUAACCGAGGAUUCCUUGUCUCAAGAGCAAUUUCUUGACUACAAACUUCUCAAUGGAGGCAAUAAGUUACGCCCACUUUCCUACUCGCAGCAAUACAAGGCCUCCACCAAAAUCCUCAAAAUCAAUGACAAGUUUAAACCUAUCCAUUUGGGCAAAAUCCUCACAUCACAGUACAAUACAGACCCUGACUUGGGACUUGUGUCCGAAAACACUAUAAACCUCAAAUGUCUGAGUCAUUCCGUCGACAACAUCCAAAGCACAACGGGAACCUCCAAGAACGGUUGUGGAAAAAUUUUCCCUUUCCUUAACUCCCACACCUAUGGCCGCAAUCCUGACUUCGACAAGUUGUUUAGGCUUCUUGAGUUCGUAAGAAGAGCCCUCGUCCAGGACAUGGUUGAGGUCAAGAAGCGGUUCCCAGAGAACCUAGUUUGUGAACACGCAAUUUUUUCAUCCCAGGAGUUCUGUGACUUUGCUGGUAUUUCGAGAGAACAAAGUGAGGGAUUCAACCGCAAGACUAUAGACUCAAGCCCAGAGUCUUCAUAUGCAUCUUCUGUGGAUUACGAUAAGCUUGAGAACAAUUCGAUCAAGGACGGUGAAAUUCCCAACAAUGUUAUUCCAAGGAAACGUUUGGCACUGCGGGAGCCAAACUCAGACGGUAGAAAGAGAAUUAAACAUCUUGAGAGGAUGGUUGACCAGAUGCAAAAACUGCAAGAAUCAAUGGCCCGAGAAAUGACCCAGUUUAUUGAAUCACAGUCGGCCCAAAUUGCUGAACAAAGCAACACCUUGAAGAAACUUAUGAGCAGCACUGAUGGACUCUCCAUCCUCUUGGCUACGAGGAAUCCGAACACUACAGCAUACACAAAGCAAAUUCUUGAUCAAAAUAAUGCCCAUUUGAGUCAUUUAAAUCGUCAGUUGGCACAGAGCAAUAGCGACGGUCUCAGUAUUCUGCUGAAAUGGAACUCAAGAUUGCAACAGAUUGGUGCCCAAUCAAACCAGUACCAUGAGAAAUAUGGCGAGACCCGUUCUCGGGUGCUCAUGUCCACGCCAGCUGUUGAAGUCGAGUCAAUUGAGGAGCUUUUUAGCAACUUCGCCUUGUGGCAUCGGUCUCUAGCCGAUCACAACAUUUCAUUGGACGAAUGGGCCGCUGCUCAUAACGCGAACGACAGAUCCUUGCUAGACACAAGGAAUGCCCUUGUGAGAUAUUUGGAAAACGAAGCCGCUAGGCGGCAAGUUCCGGUUCAGGUUGUGAUUGGGAAGUUGCAGUCCAAAAUCCAGGACCAAAAGUUGUCCUUGGUAUUGCCGGAUUUAGGAAGGCAGCUUUUAGCAGGUGGCACGAUUAUGUUAGACUGA